ACACUACACAUUCAAUCUAGCAUGCUACACAACAUAAAGGCGUUCGAAGUAAAUAUCAUUUUGUCUGAACCCGUGGCUUUGGCGCUAGAGCUCUCGACUCAUAAUCGAGAGGUCCCGUGUUCAAAUCUGCGGCUGGGCAAGAUGAUUUUUCCUUCAUUAGCUUUCUAUGUAACGUAACACUUACUCAUAGAUAUUCUAAUGUGUCCGUUGCCACUUCGCAACGUUAAAAAUAUCGAACUUUCUGUUAAAGAUGCAAUUGAUGCUGGAUAUCGUCACAUAGACUCAGCGUAUUCAUACGGUAAUGAAAAAGAAGUUGGCAAUGGGGUACGUGCAAAAAUUGAUGAAGGAGUGAUCGAGCGGGAAGAUAUGUUCAUCACGACGAAGUUAUGGAACACAUUUCACGACCCAGCCGACGUUCCACUCGCCUUUCAGAAAUCGUUCGAUAAUUUGAAUCUGACUUACAUCGAUCUCUAUCUACUGCAUUGGCCGAUGGCUUAUGGGAAAAUCAACAAAGACCGUUCGAACACACCACCAACAGAUAUUGAGGAUGUGGUCAUUCGUCCAUUUUUUGAUAAUGGAACGUAUGCUGCAGCUGAAAUCGACUAUUUGGAUACGUGGCGUGCCAUGGAAAAGCUAAUGGAAAGCGGUAAAAUCCGCAGCAUUGGUAUAUCGAACUUCAACAGUCAACAGAUCGACCGUUUAUUGUCUGUGGCAACGAUAAAGCCAGUUGUGAAUCAAGUGGAAUGCCAUCCAAAUUUCAAUCAGCAUAAAUUGAUUAAAUUUUGUGCUGCACGUAAUAUCACAGUAACAGCGUAUUCACCGCUGGGUCAACCGAAUAACAGUGAUGCAGUUAGUUUAGCAAUUAAUGAUCCGAAAAUAGCCGAGAUUGCAGCAGCGCACAACAAAUUGCCGAAUCAAGUUGUCCUUCGGUAUACGUAUCAAAAUGGAGCCGUCGUUAUUCCGAAAUCGACGCAUAAGGACCGAAUCAGGAGUAACAUUGACAUUUUCGAUUUUGAAUUGAGCCAAGUGGAAAUGGAAUUUAUUGACGGCCUAAACACCAACAGUCGGUUAGUGGCCUUCAACCAUACCAUUCGUGACGAAAACUACCCAUUUGGCAUUGAAUUUUAAUUUCUUUGUAAUGAAAAUUGUUGAAAUACACACCGAGUCUUAAAGAAAU